AUGUCUCUACUUCACAACGAAGAUUUCACGAUAUGGCAGCUUCGCACAUCCUACUUGUCCACUAUCAAAGACGGCAUAGGCGACCGACUUAUCAACGUGAAUAACUCCGUCCUGAACACCCCCGGGUUCCGCGCGGCAGGCUGGUCUUCGGCCUCGACAAACCCCAACGCUCAAAGCGCGGCCUCUAUCAAACGAACAUACUCCCCUCCUAUUCCUACUACGGCCGCUGUAUCGUCGGAGUAUUAUAACAUCGGUGCUCGGCACGAACAUGACCCGCAACGAUUUGGGCUGGCCGAUGGCGGCGACGACGAGGAAGGGGGGAUGGUCACCGGUAAAAGCAACGCGGGCAUAACCGGGCGUCGGCCUCCAGGGCGCGCUGGGAAACGAACACAUCGAAGAGACCGCCAGCAGCAAGAGCAGCAGAAGCAGGAUGACGAUGAGGAUAGCAGUGAUCUCAGCGAUGAGAGUGACGAGGAUGGGGAGAGUGCCCAACGAGCUUCUCGUCAGAUCAAAUUCCCCAAGAUGCCGAUACGGACACGGGCUGGGUCAUCGCCAAUACGUACAACUGAUCGUCAUGAAGGCCCGCAAGUCAUGGUUACGUCUCCGUCACAUCCUACGAUCGGUACUCAUUACCGCACUGGGUCAUUGGGCACUGCGGUUUCGGUCGGUGAACGUCCGCGACGAGAUACGACGACGACGACCAGCAGUGAUCUGUCUUCCGAGAACGAGAUGGAUCCGUCCUUCAAGAGACGCCAAAUCCAAUUUUCCGGCCAGGAUCAAGUGAUAGAGCCUUUAGGUAAAGGGCGAAGGCUCGCCGGCAAUAGAACGAUUGAGGAUCUACAUGAGCAGGCGGAGGAUUCGGGAGCUGAAUCAGUGGGCUCUGCUCUAUCUUCGGAAUUCGAUGCCACGGCCGGCUCCGCGUCUCUACUGGGAGGUGUUGGUAUAACAGGCAGCUUGGACUCUUCAUCGCCCGUUGCGCUGAUGCACAGACUACAACAUGGUGCAGGGUCGCAAACCGCAUCCCCGAGGAAGCCCAAAACCCCUGCACCUGAAUUGCAAGAUCUGCCACCGCCGCGACCCAUCAGCACGGUGCAGCCCGUGAGUUUGCUUUCUAAGGCUCUCAACGCGCGCAAACGCGCGCCAACAAACCCGGUCGAGAAGUUUGCCGUCCUCUCGGGCAAAGGUCUGACCGACGUGCUGAAUAUCAAGCUAUAUGUCCCAUUUUCUGCGGAGCCUGAAGAUCCACUGGAUCUUCCAAUUGCUCGAGAAUCUAAAUUGGCCGAGCAGCCAGCACCCGUCAUAGUGGCCGAGGCUAUCGGCCUUGCUCUUUGGAGAUAUUCGGAGGAAGGGUGCAGUCCACCAAUUGAGCGCAGCAAAUUAACCGUCAAUAGAUGGACCCUGCGAAUGGUUGAAGAUGGCGAGGUGGAAUAUGACUUCCCGGCGCUUGGACGAACGUCUCCCAUCGCCGAUUUCACGUCAAACAACAACCGGGCGGCCGGUGCCCGAGGCCGGUCCCGGGGGAAACAGUAUGACGAGUUUGCUCUCGUGGAAGCUUCUCAGGCCGAAUUUGAGGAAAAUGAACGCAGUUUCCCAACAUACAGUCAGGCCGUGCCCACAGAAGACAGUGCCGAUACUACAUCUCCGGCUCCAACUCCCACCAGCCAGCCAGUUGCUCAAAACAAAAUGCCUCGUCAGAACCCGAUCUUGGGGCAGCCGUUCUCCUCGGCACUGAAUGAUAACACCCUUACCCCGGCCGACCGGCCAGCGGUGCCUAUAUCUCAUGCUAGCCCUCGCAUGGGGGUCACCAAGAAUCUGAAGAUUCGCUUUAUCAACCUGGAGGGCUCUGCGCAGUCGACCACCAUGAACACGUCUGCCGAUAGCUACAUUGCCGAGAUCCUCGAUUCCGUAUGCAAACGAUGGGGAUUGGACAAAGGCAAUUACCUGCUCAGAGUGAUGGGCACGAAUACGAUAGCGCCUUUGGACCGUACCGUCGAGGCGUUGGGCAAUAUCACCGACCUGGACCUCGUGCGCCGACGAUUCGGGCCGCAGUCUUUAACCGGUUCCCCGGGCAGCUCGUCCCCGAAUGCUCCUCUCCUAGUCGAUAACAACAAUCCCGCCAGCAAAGAUAGCAAGAAGAGCAAGAAGAGCGGACAGCGCAUGCUUCAUCCUCUCACCCAGCAACAGGAUCUUAUCGGAGGGUACUACCGGCGGUAUCUGGUGUACCGCAAACAGUCCAUGUCCUUUACGGCGUCGAACCAACGGACCUUAACAUUUGACAACGACUACUUGCAUAUCAUGCCGGGGGAUACGAACAAGACGGCGUCCGACACCAAGACGCGAUCGAUUAGCUUCAACGACGUGGUCGGGUGCAAGGUCAGUCGACGGCAUCCGAAGAAUUUCCGGGUGGUGGUUCUACGGGGCAACGAUGCGAACGAGCAAAAGCGAUAUGAUUUCGAGGCUCGCAACGCGCUCGAAGCGGUUGAGAUUGUGGAUGAGAUUAAGAAGAAUAUGGCACAUUAUCGCAUUUAA